AUGAAGGGUGCUGAAAGUGCCAUUGCUCUCUUAGAAGACAGCAUCGCCUCUGCCUUGGAAAUCGACCAGGUCCAGUGCACUGCAGCCCUCAAAGCCUGCAGAAGAGCCGCCGCCUGGCAGUCCGCCGUGGUCCUCUUGGCUACUCUCCGUGCGAGCCAGGGCACUCCCGAUGUGAUCACGUGCGGUGGAGCCCUCAGCUGCCUCGGCAAGGCUGGGCAGUGGCAAGAGGCCAUCGGGCUCCUGGAGCAGAUGAAGACAUGGAAGGUCGAGUCCAACCUGAUUAUCGCGAAUGCUAUUCUGGGCGCCUGUGAGAAGGGAAGUUCCUGGAUGCAAGCCUUGAGCCAUCUGUCGAAAAUGGCAGGAGACCUCUUGCCUCCUGACGCAGUUUCCUUCAAUGCUGUGAUCAACGAGAAGGAGAAGCCAUGGCCAUGGGCGUUGUCUCUUCUGGCGGACAUGAUGCGGAUGCUACGCCCAGAUAUCAUUGCGUUCAAUGCUGCCAUUGGUGCAUGUCGGCAGUCAGGAGGCUGGGAGCUGGCACUGCACUUAAUGGAAGAGAUACGGGCGAAUCAUCUGCUUCCUGACACGUUCACGCACGGUGCUGUUACAACAUCCCUUGAGCGCGAAACCCAAUGGGAGAGGGCGCUUGCACUUGCCUCCGACAUGGAGCGCCUCCAGGUGCAGAUAUCCCUCUUUGCGAGCUGCGGUUUGAUAUCUGCAUGCGGGCAAGCAUCGAUCUGGACCUGUACCCUAAGUAUCUUGAAGCGGCUCUGCGAGGAGAGGACAAGGCUCAACGAGGUUUUCUACGGUGCUGCCAUCCGUGCUUGCGGGCAGGGUGGCCAGUGGCAGUAUGCCAUGCAUCUGCUGCACGGUAUGAGAGACGAAUCCAUCACGGCUAACCAGAUCAUCUACAAUGCUGCUGUCGGCGUCUUUGACGGAACUGGGCAUUGGGCGAAAGCGCUAGGAUUACUGGAUGAUAUGUGCGCAUGCUCGAUAUCGCCGAACGAGACCACCCACAACGCGCUCAUGAUCGUGUGCGGAGGUGCAAGUCAGUGGCCUUACGCUGUCCAGCUGUUGCGGCAGCUGCCCGCCAACUCCUUGGAGGCCGGCUUGCCAUCCUGGUCGGCCGCUAUGCUAGCCUGCGACGCCGGCUCUCAGUGGCAACUUGCGGUGCAGCUCCUGGCAGCUGCACCACUCACAAGCCAGUCGGGUCCUGCGGCGUGGAGGAGAGCGUUCGGAAUCUGCAUGAAUGCUUGUGACCACUGCCACAAGUGGGACAUGGUUGUGGCGCUUCUGGAGAACCUGAACCAAGCUGCCAUUACUCCGGAUACGGCACAUUUUCAACUGGCCAUUGGUGCCUGCAGUAGGCAGGCAAGCUGGCAGAUGGCAUCACUACUGCUAGCCUCGGCAGUAGACCAAUGGGUCGAAUGUAGCAUUGCUUCAUGCACCACGGCGAUUGCGGCAUGCAGAGAUUCAGCAGCAUGGCAAGCUGCAUUGGCAUGUUUGGCCAGCUUGCCGAAACAUGGCUUGGCCGCAGACUCGACAAUCUACGCUGCCGCAAUCAGCGUUGUGGGUGAUGCCAGCAUGUGGCAGUGGUCGUUAACUUUGUUGGAGGAUGUCCUUGAGCAAGCACGUGAUGGUGACGGUGCAUCUCAUGCUGCUUGUGCUGCCAUCUCUGCUUGCGACAGGGGCAGCCAGUGGCAGAUGGCAUUGCGCAUUUUCGAUCGCCUAUCUUCCGAAGCUGCCAGCAUGGAAGUCUCUCUUGCCACCGCCGGGAUCACUGCCUGCCGGUCCGGCAGGAAGUGGCAGCAUGCGCUGGCGCUGUUUCACGACAUGCCCGAACCGACCCUCGUGUGCUGCAACGCGGCGCUCAGCGCUUGUGCCGAUGAAGGCUUGUGGAGCCAUGGCCGGUGA